GCCAGAUCUCCAGGAAGCCCCUCAACCGGUCAGCCCAGUAGCCCCUACGAAACUAGUCUCCUCUCCGUCUCCGGGCGGCUGAAACAUCGGGCUGGUGCAUGCUCGUCUCUGCCGCAGUAGCCUAGGGUUAAAUUGGGGGCGGGGGGGGUUCGAAUCGGUGGAGCCGUGUCGGAAGCUGCGGCAGGAGUGGGCGGAGGGAUGGAGGCGACGGUGGACGAGCUGAGCGCGGCGUACGACGAGUUCGUGGCGGCGGCGGCAGCGGUGCUGGAGGCGCGCGCGCAGUCGGGCGGAGGCGAGAAGACGGCGGCCACGGACGCAGCACUGGAGGCCUUCAAGCAGCGGUGGGAGCUCUUCCGCGUCGCCUGCGACCACGCCGAGGAGCUCGUCGAGUCCAUCCGGCAGCGUAUCGGCUCCGAGUGCCUCGUCGACGAAGCCACCGGCUCCUCCGUCUGCGCCUCCGCCGGAUCCGCCUCCGCGCCCGGCAUCAAGCCCAUCAGCGCCGUCCGCCUCGAGCAGAUGAGCAAGGCCGUCCGCUGGCUCGUCAUCGAGCUCCAGCACGGUGCCGGAGGCGCCUCUGUCCCCGGGGCCGGUGGCGGCGGCGGUGCCAUGACCCCCUCUGGCGGAGCCGGCGGCGGCGCCGGGGGGCAGCACGGGCACGGCGGGGUCGACGCGCGCUUCCCUGAGGACGGUCCCCAGUAGGUAUGGAGUUGCUGUUGUCGUCCCUCAACAAUAAACCUGUAGCUUUGAAAAAACCGGUUGUAGGCUUGUAGCUUUGCCUAAUUCUCCUUGAUUGGCAGCAUUAGAGAUAUCAAAGCUUGGUACUUUGACGCCUUAUGGUGUGGAUAUUUGGGAGAACUUAACGAAGCAAAUUGCGAGAUUGCACAUUGAUGGCUGUA